ACGGUAUGUGAUUGCUAUGAAAUAUGAAGAGACAAAACUAAACUAACUCUUAUUUUGACUAGAUCAUAUGGCUUCUGUAGUUGGACAUCUAACUUUUUGUGCAAAGCAGGGAAAGAGAAGGAGAUAUGAUGAGUUUGAUGGAGGGAACAGCACUAACGAUCGAAUUGGGCACCAUCCGUUCAGCAGCCGUGACGCGCCAACACUCAGCAGCAUCUAGUGGCGGCGGCGCGCAUCACUGGUGGAUGAGAGCAGCUGGAGCGCGUUCACUAUGGACCAGCACCGCCGUUGCGCGCUUUGACCGCGCAGCUUCACCUUCAUUCCGCUCGGACACCUCUCCAAACACACAGAAGCUAGCCAAAUUAGGCAGAUGACAUCACGGACAGGUGCGUGACAUGACCUCAGGAAAAAGGGAAAAGAAAACGUCACCCAAAUUACAUUACACAUGGCCUUGCUUGUAAUGAGGAUUAACAAGGUUAUGCCACCCCACAGACUGACUGGAAAUCCAGCCGUAAAAGAAAAGGGCUGAUCCCAGACCGCCCGUGUUCCCGCUACUGCGCCUUUCCCUGUCCCCAUGGCGACAGGUGGCCAUGUCCCCGAGACAGAUGUGUUAAUCAACCUGCAUCAGGUUUUGUCAGAGGAAGAGAAGAUCUCGCCAGCAGGUCAAGAUGAUGAGGAAUGGGAGAAGGCCUUGUCUGUGGAGAGGUUUGGGGACAUCAUUACUGAAUCUGCAAUCAACGGCGCAGAUAAAAUGGGCCGCGCAUACAAUGAGAAAGACUUUGAGUAUCACCGACAUACAUUUCACCACACCCACCACCCGCUGUCCACCCACCUCCCCCCGCAGCGUUUCCGCAAGAGGGUGCUCAGUAUGGACCGCAGACGAAAGAAAAAGAGGAAGAAAAAAAAGACGUCCGUACCUCCAUCUGAGGUCACACCCACAAUUCAUGAGGUGGAUGAAGAGGAGGCGGAGUCUGAGACUGAGGGGCAGUGCCAAACAACCACGCCUACUGAGCCAUCUGAAGAGCUGACACAGUGCAGUUUGGGAAGUGAAGAAGAUUUGGUGGCCGACCUCCCUCUCACCAUCUUUCAUGUGGAGAGCGAGAGACCUCCUAACAGUGAAGAGACUCCACCCAGUCCUGCAAGAAUAGAGGAUCAAGAGGAAACACAAGAACCACCAGAGAGAAAAGAGGAGGAAGAGAUAUCUAACAGGUUUAACCCGUCUCCAGAACCUGCUAGUUUGACAACCCGAGCCUGGUUUCGUAGGAAGCCAGUCCACCGACUAGCUGGAGCUCAGCGGACCAGCUACGACCUGCGGGAACGCAUCUGUAUAGGCAGCAUGACGGCAAUGGAGACGGCCGUGUACCAGAAAGUACCUACGGAUGAGGCGGAGGCUCAGAUGCUAGCCAGUGCUGAUCUGGAUGACAUGAAGAGUCACCGUUUUGAGGACAAUCCUGGAGUUAGACGACACCUGGUCAAGAAAACAUCACGAUGUCAAGUUGCCCGAACGAACAGCUCUCCACCACAGUCCAGUGUGAAGAGAAGGAAAAAGAUGGACAAAAAAACCCACGAGGUGUUUGUUGAGCUCAACGAGCUGAUAGUGGACAAAAACCAGGAGAUGCGUUGGAAGGAGACGGCACGCUGGAUCAAGUUCGAGGAGGACGUGGAGGAGGAAACGGAUCGCUGGGGUAAACCGCACGUGGCCUCUCUGUCCUUUCGGAGUCUGUUGGAGCUCCGCAGGACAAUCACACAUGGUGCCAUUAUGCUGGACCUGGAUCAGACCACACUGCCUGGCAUCGCUCAUCUGCUGGUGGAAACCAUGAUCAUCUCAGACCAGAUCAGAGCAGAAGAUCGACCCAGCGUGCUGAGAGCCCUGCUGCUCAAACACAGUCACCCCAAUGACGAGAAAGAGGGCCUUUUCCAUCGAAACCAUUCUGUCACCAGUCUGGGCAGCUUUCGUCACAACCACAAUCACGUUCACGACACCAGUUUGCCUCUGGUGCCUCAGGACAAUGCGGAGAUGCACGACAGCAAAGCAGCAGAACAUGACAAAGAGAAAACCCUCCACCCAGUUCCAGCUGAGUCUCACGCUGCAUCCAGAUCUAUGAAACUCCUGGCAAAGAUUCCCAAAGAUGCCGAGGCCACUGUGGUCUUAGUGGGUUGUGUGGAGUUUCUAGAAAAGCCCGCUAUGGCUUUUGUCCGGCUGAAUGAGGCCGUCAUGCUGGAGUCUGUUCUGGAAGUCCCCGUCCCAGUUCGAUUCAUCUUUGUGCUGCUGGGUCCCACCCAAAUCAACGUGGACUACCACGAGAUCGGACGCUCCUUCUCAACCCUCAUGUCUGAUAAGAACUUCCAUGAAGUGGCCUACUUUGCUGAUGACCGGCAGGAUCUGCUCAACGGCAUCAAUGAAUUCUUAGACUGCAGCAUUGUGAUUCCACCUUCAGACGUCGAGGGAAAAGAUCUGCUGAAAACCGUGGCUUCCUUCCAGAAAAUGAUGCUACGAAAACGCAAAGAAAGGGAAAAUAAAAAAUGUGGCAGUACGGUGACGACUGAGCAGGAGACAAAAGAUGUGAUGAUAGAGGAACAGGAGGAGGAGGAUCAGUUUGACAUUGACCCUCUUAAGCGCUCCGGAAUUCCGUUUGGAGGUCUGAUCCACGAUAUUCGGCGGCGUUAUCCGCGCUACAUCAGCGACCUGAAGGACGGCGUGGACACACAAUGCAUCGCUGCUGUAAUAUUUAUUUAUUUUGCUGCUCUUUCGCCCACUAUCACCUUUGGAGGUUUAUUAGGUGAGAAGACGCAAGGCAUGAUGGGAGUCUCUGAGCUCAUUAUCUCCACGGCAACAGUGGGAAUCCUGUUCUCCCUGCUAGCAGGGCAGCCCUUGCUUAUUAUCGGUUUCUCUGGACCGCUCCUGGUCUUUGAGGAAGCUUUUUAUAAGUUCUGCCAGGCGCAGGGCUUUGAGUAUCUCACCGGUCGAGUGUGGAUCGGGUUCUGGCUCAUCUUCAUAGUUCUGGUGAUAGUGGCAGCUGAAGGGAGUUUCCUGGUUCGCUACAUCUCUCCUUUCACACAGGAGAUUUUUGCAUUUCUCAUCUCCCUCAUUUUCAUCUAUGAAACCUUCUCCAAGCUAAUUAAGGUAUUUCAGGAACACCCUCUGCUGAAAAGCUACCCCACAACUCCUGCACUGCAAGCCUUCACACCCAGACUUUUUUCUCCACUGGAUGGCGUGAUUGAAGAGCCCAUUCUCAACCAGCCCAACACGGCCCUGCUGUCAUUAGUGCUCAUGAUAGGAACUUUCUUUGUGGCCUUUUUUCUUAGAAAGUUCAGGAACAGCAGGUUCCUCGGUGGAAAGGCCAGAAGAAUCAUUGGAGAUUUCGGGAUCCCGAUCUCUAUCCUUAUCUCUGUGUUAGUGGACAUCUCCAUCCCUGAUACAUACACGCAGAAGCUGAACGUCCCCUCUGGAUUCUCGGUCACAUCUCCGGACAAGCGAGGCUGGUUUAUUAGCCCGUUCGGAGAUAAACAGCCUUUCCCCAUCUGGAUGAUGGCCGCUUCGGUGAUCCCGGCCCUGCUGGUUUUUAUUCUUAUUUUUAUGGAGACUCAGAUCACCUCCUUAAUAGUGAGCAAAAAGGAGAGACGUUUGGUGAAGGGUUCAGGUUUUCACCUGGAUCUCCUCCUGAUAGUGAUUUUAGGAGCUAUCUGCCCGCUCUUUGGUCUGCCCUGGCUUACUGCAGCUACAGUACGCUCGGUAACACACGUAAACGCUCUGACGGUCAUGAGCAAGGCUACAGCCCCUGGAGAGAAGCCAAUGAUCCAAGAGGUCAAAGAGCAAAGGGUGACAGGAAUGUGUGUGGCUGUCCUAGUGGGUUUGUCUAUAGUUAUGACAGAUGUGCUGCGUCAUAUUCCUCUGGCUGUGCUGUUUGGCAUAUUCCUGUACAUGGGCAUCACUUCUCUAACUGGUAUCCAGCUGUAUGAGAGAAUCACACUGAUGGUCACACCUGCUAAGCAUCACCCUGACCACAUCUUUGUUACCAAGGUGAAGACUUGGCGUAUGAACAUGUUCACCAUUAUUCAGUUGCUGUGUAUCGUCCUGCUGUGGGUGGUGAAGUCGACGGUAGCGUCUCUGGCCUUUCCCUUCAUCCUCAUCAUGACCGUCCCUCUGAGAAGACUCAUCCUGACCAGGAUCUUUGAGGAGAGAGAGCUCGCUGCGCUAGAUGCCGAUGAAGACACACCUAAUUUUGAUGAAGAUGGCCGUGAUGAAUACAACGAAAUCCACAUGCUUGUCUAGACACAGAACAGCUCUCCUACAUGAGCCACUGCAAACUCAGUACUGUCAUGAAGAACUGCACUGCCAUCUUUCACCUUUAUUUCAUGUGUACUUGCAAAUUUUAUAAUCAUUCAGUCUAAAAACGUUUUGGAUAUAUCUGAUUUAACUUUUACCCCGUGAUCGUUUAUUUCUAAACAAGUGGCCUACAUCAUUACUGCUUCCUAGGGACCUUUAAAAUUAGAUGUGAUCCAUGCACUUGCCCUUCGUGGUUUGAACAGUAGUGCAGUUUGUUUAGAAAUUCUGUGUCUGAAACCGCCUACAUUCCCACUAAAUAGUAGGCUAAUGGGCGAGGGGAGUAGUAUGUCCGAUUUCAUAUUAUUUUAAAAACACUAUGUGAAAAGUACCCGGAUGUCCUAGUACUUCCGGCAAGAUCUCGAAAUGUGCAUUAGAUGGACACUUUACUAUCCCGUGAGCCCCUGGAAUAGGAGUCCCCCAACGAAGAAGAAGAAGAAGGAUAGGCGUCAUCAUAUUCACAAACAUCAGAAAGUAGUCCCGCAGCGCUAUUCAAAUGCAAAUACAUAUAGGGAAUAUAGCUGUUGCUUGUGGUUAAAUUGCACUUGUUUAGCAGCAUCCAAUGGCUCACCUGUUGUUUUGACGACAUGUGUCACGUGAUGUAUUAACAUGAUGGAUGUAGUAAGAAAGAAUUUCAUUCACACCACCCAUUUAUAAAUAACAAACUUUUUAGGGGUU